ACUCAAGUUUGAGAACUAAUUUAGAGGAAGGAAAAUUUCACUAUGGGUUGCAGUUUCAUGGAAGAGGAAGAGUUUGAAUAGAGCCCUUAAAUUUGGAGGUUAAGGAGGUGAGGAAGGGGAGGACUUCCAAGCUGUGGCAGAACGCCCCCCAUUUAACCAGGGACAACAACCUAGCAAUGUUUCCUCCUCCGCAUCUCUUGCAUCUCUCCACCCUGCCAAUAACUUAGUUCAGGGCCUCAUCAUCUUUUUCCAGUCUUAACUCUCUUCGCGUGUCCACCUCAACAUGCCCCCAAUCCUUGCUUGCUGCUGCAACAGUCAUCUUUCUAAAGCACACAUCUGAUCAUGUUAUUCUUCCCGUAAAAAGUUUUCUCUGGCCACCCCUUGCCCACACUCUAAAGUCAAACGGUGGGAGGAGCCACGCAAGUAACUGCAGUGUACAAAGUGGCUUUGUUCAACACUAAAAGAAGUAGCAGAGACCCUGCUGAAGGGAAUGAGACUUUACCGUAUCUGUCCUAGAGGAAUUUAGACUCAGUAAAAGAAUGUGCACCCCAAAUUAGACCAGGACUGCCAGCAUACCAUCUCUACAGGGUCAAAUCCAAAAUCUGCAGCAUGAUACCCAGACUUUUGGGGCUUGGCCCCUGCUUCACUCGCAUGCUUUUACUGUUGCUUUGUCCCAUACCUCAAAUUCAACAUGGACCAUAUUGAACUACUAGCAGUUUGUGGAAGAUACCGUCCUCAGGGGUCUGUUCUACUCCACCUGUCAGGAUGCCCUUCCCCACCCAAGUUACUAGACUAACAUUUACUCAUCUUUCAGGAUGCAGUUCAAGGAUCACUUUUUUUAAUCCUAUCCUAACUUUGGAAGGUAGCAUUGACCUAGUUGUCCCUUUUGUCUUAUUAUAAUAAUUCUAGUAUAUUCCAUUAUAGUACCUGUUUCAGUAGUUUGCACAUUAUGUUUCCAUACUAGACUAGACUAUGAACUUCUUGAAAGCAAGAACCAUGCCCUAUUCAUUUCUGUAUGCCAGCUUCUAGCAGAAGGUAGGAGGAAAAUGAAUGCUGAACAAACUGAAGUACAAGCAAAGAUAGAGAGAUGCAAAAAGAAAAGCUAAAGUCAAUCCAGAGAUAGCAAGAAGAUCAGUUUUGCUGGGUAGAAAUCUAUUUGAUAGAGAAUAGGAGAUAUAACUGGAAGGACAGUUUUGAAUCGGAUUAGAAAAAAUUUAAGUAAACCUAAGAAGUCUGAACAGGCGGCUACAGUAAGUUGAGCCCGUUUGCAGAUUUUGGUGCAAGAAACAUCAUGGUAUUGUAGCAAGGAAUAUGGUACUAAAUCACAUGCAGCUAUUAGAAUAUCAUAAAAUUCCCCACCCCUUCCAAACCAAAGGAAAGGAGAUAAGAGGUAGAAAUAAAAAUGAAAUGACUUUUUGGUGGUUUUAUUUUUCUACAAGAUUUUAACUGAUUUAUCACUUCUUUUGUGAUAUUACAAAAGAAAAACAAAACGGCACAUGAAUUUGGCUUCAAAGAAAAUGUAGGUCUUUUCAUAUUAUUUAAAAAUAUUGUAUAGCAAUGAAAACAGAGAGCAAGUUUGGGUACUUCUCACUUAUCAAGUUUGUUAUUUUAUAACCACGUGUUUGAUUUAAUUCCUCUUAAAGCAACUAUUGUCACUGAAUGAAGGUCAUGCUAAGAAGUGACUGAAUAUGCCUUGGAUCAAGGAUGACUCAAGGGCAUACUGGGCUUCCCUGAAGACAGUUUUUCCAAACUCAUUUAAAUCUAGUGCUAACCAGAAAAAACUAAGCUUGACUCAAAUUCUUCUCUAGAGCUGGCAAAGAACACAAAGCACUCUACCUGGAACCAAUCUGAUUAAAAGACAUUGCUCAGAAAGAAACAAAUAUGUCUGGGAGGUUCAGACGCAGAUUACAUGGUAAAUCCUUUAUAUGAGAAAAGAAAAAGGAUGCACUGCACGUGAGCAACAGACGGUCAAGAGCUGGGCUAACAUGAGCACUAGAUGGUCAUCUAAAUAAACCCACCUUGCUGAUUUCUUACUUUUUAAACAGAUUCACAGCCAGUUCUAAGCAAAUAAAGUUGCUGAAUUUUCCAGACCCUUAGAAAUAAAUGUCUCCAUUCUUCUCACACAUUGGGUAUGAUAUUUUAAGCACUGCCUCAGAUCCAGCAACAAUUUUUUAAAAGUAAAAAUAACUUUAUUACAAAAGCAUUAUUUAUUGUAGAAAAGACAGCAAAUAAAGCUAAGCAAAAAUAAGGGGUGGGAACAUCACCAUUACUGUACCUCCUUGCAGAGCUUAUCAAAAAACCUUUUUUUAAAAAAAUAUACUGUUUUGUAACUUGUAUCUCCUAACAGUUUCAACAUCUUUCCACAUUAAUCUUCACGUAUAAAAUUAUUUUAAACGGUCGCACAGCAUUUAGAUAUACCACAAAAUACACACCCAUUUCCUGAUGGGCAUUUUGGUUAGUUCUACUUCACUGCUAUAAGUAACUUUGGGAGGUACAGUAAUAACUUUGAGGCUGCCGUAAUUUCCUUAAUUCUUUCCCAGGAUUCCAGUGGCACAUGAUGGUGUCCGUUCUCCCACAACAGAAGAAUGGGCAUUAUCAUUACCAAAAAAAAAAUCCCUUUUUGAUGGGCAAAAAUGCCCUCUCAUCGCGUUAUGCGCACGUUCUUGAUUACCUUCGGGUCACUGCAAUAGGGAAACAAGUUUCUCCAAGCGCACCCGAGACCCCUACCGCGUCUUACGGCCUGACCUCUGCUAAGGUGACGCGCACCACAGGCAACCGGCUGAAGCCGGCUCGGACGCAACGCGUGCGUGUGCGUGCGCAUUGCAGAGUAGCGUCUGCGCGUGCGCACGCGAGCAUAGUCGUUCUGGACGGCGGCUACGCAGCCUGUGCGAGGCUGGUUAAAGCUGACACCAAGCACAUGAAAGAACACCUCGCUAUUUCUUAGAGCUUUAAGCUGUUUAAGCAACAGUGAGUACCUCCUGGCCGUGUUGUGAUCUAUUACAGGAAUGUGUUUCUGAUCGUCUGAAUGUCAACCAUGUUGUCAAACUGCUUGCAAAAUUUCCUAAAAAUUACCAACCCUCACCUUCUAUAUUCAAGAUCAUGCCAGCGAUUAAUAAGAAGUAAAAGGAGGUUUUUCGGAACUGUACCAACAUCCAGAUUGCGUAGGCGGGUUGUCAUUACAGGCAUUGGCUUGGUGACUCCUCUUGGUGUUGGAACUCAGCUAGUAUGGGAUCGUCUUAUACGAGGAGAGAGUGGAAUUGUUUCACUGGUUGGUGAAGAGUAUAAGAGUAUCCCUUGCAGUGUUGCUGCUUAUGUGCCAAGAGGUUGUGACGAAGGUCAGUUCAAUGAACAAAACUUUGUGUCCAAAUCAGAUGUCAAGUCCAUGUCUUCUCCCACCAUUAUGGCCAUUGGGGCUGCAGAGUUAGCCAUGAAAGAUUCCGGCUGGCACCCUCAGUCAGAAGCUGAUCAAGUGGCUACUGGUGUUGCAAUCGGCAUGGGAAUGAUUCCUCUUGAAGUUGUUUCCGAAACUGCUUUGAUGUUUCAGACGAAAGGUUACAGUAAAGUCAGCCCAUUCUUUGUCCCUAAGAUUCUGGUCAAUAUGGCAGCAGGCCAGGUCAGCAUUCGAUAUAAACUCAAGGGCCCCAAUCAUGCAGUAUCUACAGCCUGUACCACAGGAGCUCAUGCUGUGGGAGACUCUUUUAGAUUUAUAGCCCAUGGGGAUGCUGAUGUGAUGGUGGCUGGAGGUACAGAUUCUUGCAUUAGCCCUUUAUCUCUUGCUGGGUUUUCCAGAGCCCGUGCUCUGAGCACAAACUCUGAUCCUAAGUUGGCAUGUCGACCGUUUCAUCCAAAGAGAGACGGUUUUGUCAUGGGAGAAGGUGCAGCUGUGCUGGUGCUGGAAGAACACGAACAUGCUGUUCAAAGAGGGGCCCGGAUCUAUGCUGAAGUUUUGGGCUAUGGACUCUCAGGUGAUGCUGGUCAUAUAACCGCCCCCGAUCCUGAAGGAGAAGGUGCCUUAAGAUGUAUGACUGCUGCUGUGAAAGAUGCAAGUGUGCAACCUGAGGAGAUAUCCUAUGUCAAUGCACACGCUACCUCCACACCAUUGGGAGAUGCUGCUGAAAACAGAGCUAUCAAGCAUCUUUUCAAAGACCAUGCACACGCCCUUGCAGUUUCCUCUACGAAGGGGGCCACGGGACACCUGCUGGGAGCUGCAGGGGCGCUUGAGGCAGCUUUUACUGCUCUGGCUUGUUAUUAUCGAAAACUGCCACCUACUUUAAACCUUGACUGUACUGAACCAGAAUUUGAUCUCAAUUAUGUUCCACUCAAGGCACAGGAAUGGAAAACUCAGAAAAGAUGUAUUGGACUCACCAAUUCCUUUGGUUUUGGUGGUACUAAUGCAACACUUUGUAUUGCUGGCAUGUAGGACAAAUUAGUGUAAUCAAACAGAUUUUUUUUAAUGUUAUAAACAAACUAUAUUAAGUGGAGAAAUGUUAUGUUUAUAUAAAUGUAUAUUCUUAUAUAUCAA